GUUACGGACUCUGAGUUGGCGAACGACAGUGUCAGUGCGAAACCAAGCCAACGGAAAGCCAGUAGGAGCUCGUCAAAGGCAGUUGCAGCCAAUCAAAUCUCGAAGAAACGGUACGCGACAAUGUGUGACGAAGAGUCAGCCAAUGAAAAGCUCCAGAACAAGAAAGCCAAAAACGAGGUGCAUGGUGACGCGGAGGUCUCGGCUGUAGGGCCGAUGGUGGCGUACAACUCCACGCGGACACUCAAGAUGACAAUGAGUCGAUCACAGCAAGCCAAGUCUGAAUCGUCAAAGGAAGGGAUUGUGGAUACUAAACAUGGGAGCCAAUCAAAAGACAGCAAUGGUACGGUGCGACAACCCCCAUUGGCCAAUCAAAAGACGCUAAAAAGAAAAGCCACGCCUGUGACGGAGACACUAAAGAUGCCAGAGGACGAUUUGCUCAGCAUGUCCUACAAG